AUGAUGAAGUAUCCUGUCGCUUCCUAUUUAAUAUUUGAUUCAGCUGGUCAUUUCUACAUCAAGAAUCUGUACCCUAAAAGAAUUCUGCCGCCCCUUACGACAAAUUCUUUACAAAAAUUAUUAAGGCAGCCUCCGAAAAAUUGUUGGACACCACCUACAACUGUAGGCGAAGUUACUAGCAGAAACGUUGAAAUAACAACCACCACUAAGCUCGACGAUGAAACUUUUGAUUACAAUACAACAAUACAAUUUCCUGACAAACAAAAUGACAGCAUUACUACGAGCAAUGUAAUAUCAAAGGAAGACAAAAUAUUAGAUCAUAAUGAAACUUCUAGCGAAUCUGCAUUCGUGAAUACUACAGAGGUCAAGGUGAAGGAGAUUACUAAUGACUUACAUUCUUUCUUUGAUCAAUAUAAACAAUCGCUGGUGGAAUUUAAUAGAAUAUUUUAUAAGAUUUCAGUAACGAAAUUAAUGUUUUCACAAAAAGAAAAAGAAAAUGGGAUUAGCUUCGUACAAUCUGGGUUGCUCCUAUACAUGGCACUAUUGGCUUUAUCCACGGAAGUGGAUUUAGAAACGAAAAAUGAAAUUGAUUUUCGCUUGCUGUAUGCAAGCUCCAAUGUGGAAAAAAUAACAGACUUUAAACAUAUAGUAGCUUGGUUACCAGAGUCGAAUAGUGAUUUAAAAUUCCGUUGGGCUUUUCGCCUCGUGUUAGAAGAGGGGCUUGAAUUGAGCCAGCAAUUUCUUGGUGGCAUCGAAAACGGAACCAAAAUAGUGAUGGAACAUUUUAACAGCACUACCAGUAGGGAAAAUGCACACGAUACACUUAAUCGUAUGGUUGAAAUAGAUUCAGGUGGUGCGAUGAGGGAUACAUUUAUUGAAGAUGAUUUUGUUGACGGUUUCUGUUCAGUUCUGAUCAUUACAAUGUAUAUCCGUAGUCGAUGGCGUAGUGCGCCGACCGUACUCAACGGUACAUAUCCCUUUAAAGACGGUUCAACCGUUGAAAAGUCAGUUAACAUGAUAAAAUUGAAUGACAUCAUGGGUUACGGUGAUUUAAAGGAGUGUGAUGCAGAGGCUAUUGAAAUAAAUUACGCUACUCCUGGUUUGAAACUAUUGAUGCUGAUUCCUCGUGGAAACUCUUUAAAAAAUGUGACUACUUACAUGGAAAAUACGACCCCACAAGAAGUUUCGAAUAAAUUACGCUUGACAAGAGUAGCUGCCAUUUUACCAAUAUUCACUCUUCGUAUGACUCUUCUAUUGCCACAAAAACUUCAAUUGAUGAACAUAACUCGUUUGGUUGACGCUAAACCGAGUCCCGACAACAAAUGCGGUGAGUUAAAACUCUCACACGCGGUACAGAGACUGAUGUUCUGGGCUGAGGCGGGUAGUAACGCUUUUAAAGAUGAUGGCAUCGAAUGGGACGAAAAACCGGAGCUACAACUGUUGGCCGAUCGGCCUUAUCUGUUUUACGUCCGAUGGAACAAUGUGACUUUGAUGAAUGGAAACUUUGUAUUAUAG